CUUAACUGGGUGUAUAUUCUGAUUCAGCGAGAUUGUUCAACAACUCUACUCAAGUUCGAGAAAGAAAACUUAAAAUUGGAAGGUCUGAUCCAAUAGUGAACCAUAAUCAGAUCACUAUAGACUCUUGUAUAUUCAUACAAUUCAUAGUAUUACUCAUUUCGUUCAAUACUUCUGAUAUUCAUCUUCUAUUAUCACUUCAUACUACCAUUUCAAAAUCAAAACCAAUAUGUUCUCGAAAAUGAAAUCUAGGAAAGCUCCGCUUUCGCUAAGUUCGGUAUCCAACGUCAUCAAGACUUCAGGAACAAAAGACCUUUCCCCAUCACACUUUAAUGCUAAGGAUAUAGAGAUGAAUUUUGUGACCCAAUUGGGAUUGCCCAAGGAUUCCAUUGUGGCUGUAGCUUACGAUCCUGUUCAAUCGUUAUUGGCUGUUUCUACUACAUACAACGAGGUUCGUGUAUAUGGUCAGAAUUCAGUCGAAGUUGUCUUCGAAUUCAAUGCUACUCAUCCCAUUACAAAAUUAAAAUUCGUUAAAGGUGUAUAUUUAGUUGCUAUCACCGAGUCUUCUGGAGGAAUCACUGUUCUAUCAUUACAUUCCAAAUCCAUCUUGGUAGCUACUCUGGCCCCUGGAGCUAUCACAGCCGUAGAAGCAGAUCCUUCCUUGGAUUUUAUUAUCUUGGGACUUACCAAUGGCUCACUCAUGUUCUUUGAUGUAGAUAGGUUAAACAUGAGCCCUCUACGUGUAGAUAAUCUUCAGAAAAAAGUGUUACCCAAGCAGAAGAUGUCGCCAGUUUUACAUCUCGAAUGGCACCCCAGAGACAUUGGUACUGUUCUAGUCACCUAUUCUCAUUGUGCUAUUCUCUAUUCUAUUGCCUCUGGAGAACUCAAGAGCAAAUUUGUCUAUGUGGUCGAAAAAGGAGCAAAAUCAUUUGAACUUUCUUCGUUUGUAGCCAAUGGAGGCAAGAAAAAGAUGUUUGGUUCCUCAAAGGAUGUGAUUCCAGAAUUGACGGAGUCUCAUUUUCACCCAAAUGGAUUACAUGUUUUGACGUUGCACAGAGAUAACACUAUUGCCUUCUGGGAUGCAGCUAGUGGAGCACUUAUUCAAACCCGAAAUAUUUUUGAAGUUGGUCUCCACAAGCCUGGGCCUUCUUUGGAGAUACCAGAAGUGUUUCACCCUAUUCAGUCGGUCAGAUGGAUCUGUGGUGAGGAUCCGGAAUUGACUCAGCUUGUAAUAUGUGGAGCUGGUGCUGAAGGAAAUUUGCUACACGUACUUGAUUUUGGCUAUACUUUGAAGUAUUCCAUGACGUCGAAUGAAAAACAGGCGGAAUUCUAUGCUCUGCCCCAAAGUGGCCAAAGAAUCCUUCCAGUGUUGUUCAACUUGAGAAAACAAGAUGAACAAGAGUAUAUCACCAGUAUUUUGCCAAUUUCAGGUGACAACGAGCCAUAUUUCAACGGCAAUCAUAAUCCUUCGUAUUUGCUUUUAGUCAGCAAUCUCAAUGCUUUGUAUAUAAUCCAAUUCUCUACCGUUGGUGGAGCUCAGGGCAGCACUGAUUUGGGUGGAUUACUUCUUCCACCAUCCAUAGCAUUUAUACAUCCACCAGUGACUAGCUCAUCAGUCCAGUUUGUCAAAAGAAAGGACUGGUUCAGUAUGAUGUCCACUAGAGUUUCGGGCGGCGCUGCAGCUAAGUCCAACUUGUUAUUGAAAGGAGGUGCUCCUGUCGAGAACUCGUCUAUUCCUAAGUCCUUUGGCUAUAAUGAUACUUACCGUAAUAUCUUAGUCACUGGUCAUGAAAGCGGCUUGGUGCGUCUUUUGGAUAUCACCAAGACAGAAUUCCUGGAAGCGGAGAGCAUCGUACAAAUCAGUCUUAAAGAAACUCUCUAUAACAGUGGAAACCCCAACUCUGUUAAAAUCGUGGAUGUUUCUUGUGCCUUUGGCAGUAAAGAGAUGUUGGUGGCAUUGGGCAGUGGCGAUGUGGUAAUUUGUAAAUUCGGUAGAUCCAACGGCAGCCAAGGAAAUCAUAGCACUAAGGAUUAUGCUAGAUGUCCCGUGCAACAUGAAAAUGGAAAUGGAAAGAUAUUAGACAUAAGAGAAAGGAUCCUGGGCUCCGUAACUCAGACAUCUACAUUUUUGCCUGUCUCAUUGCUUCAAUUGGACAAAAAAGAAAAAGUUUCUUGCAUCAAGAUGAGUGACAUUGGGUUUGCAGCUGUAGCAUAUACCAGUGGCCGUUUGGUCGUAUGCGACAUCACCAGAGGACCAGCCAUAAUUUUGAACCUUGAGUCUAUUUCGGAGCAUCUUGUUACCGUGACUGGUGAAUGUUAUGCCACUGUUGUAGAGUUUUCUAUUAUGGAAUAUGGGCAAGAUGGAUAUUCUUCGGUUCUUCUUCAUGUGGGCACCAACUGUGGAGGUAACUUGCUUAACUUCAAGAUCGUACCAAUGGGUAAUGGAGGGUUCGAAGUUGUUUUCACUGACAGAACAAUUGGGUUGAACUACAAGUCUGGGGCUGCUGAUCCUCUGCUAUUGAAAUUGGAUCAGAUCAUCCCGAUCAAUGCUGUUGAUGGAAGUUCUGCAGUUGCUGAAAUGGAGAUAUUCAACAAGCUAGGGCAAGGUGUAGUUAUUCCCGGAUAUGUUGUUACUACGUCUGAACGAGACCUUAGAGUUCUUAAAAUUCCCAAGACUAAAUUGUCCCACAAGGUUGUGGAGGAUAGCUGUUUGAGAAGCGGAGUUUUGAAUUUCCAUAACAAUGGUGUUAUGGUUGCAUCUUUAGUAAAAACUGGCUACGUCAAGUUAUUUUCGCUACCAUCAUUGGCAGACAUUGCUGAUAUAAAGGUACCCAAGGAAAUUUAUGUGAAGAUCAAGAGAUCGCUUGAAUCUGGAAUUGCCUCUCAAUCCGAAAUCUUGAGCACAGGAGAUUUCUUUGUUCGCUCCAGCAAAAGUGAAUUUCUACAUAUGUCUGCUUUUGAUAAAGGAAGCAGACUUCAUCGGUCUCAUAAUAAAGAAAAUGUGACUGAUUUACUUUUCAAUGAGAAUGCUAUCAUUCCUCCCCGUCCUACAGCUGGUACUCUACUGUGGGCAACAGGACAAACAGGCUACAUGUCUGUAGAGGACUUGGCUCUAUUAGUUGCGGGACCUAAUAGAAAGCCCGCUAAGCAUCCCGAAAGUCAGUUGGCCCACAAUAUCAGUCCCGAAGCAAACUUGAGUCAAGGAUAUGGAGGCUAUGGAGCUGCAUCUCAACAAUCUAGCCGUGGCUACAAGGAACCGGUCAGAAGAUCUACAACUGCCAGCUCUGGUGGUGUGGCAGGUCAAGGCUGGGUGCGCAGUCUCCAGGCUGGACUUGAGUCUGUGGAAGAAACUAUUGGAGGAUAUGCCAAUUCUGCUAGUGAAGCUAUGACAGAAAGUGUUGAAGGACAAAAGAGGGCCAUGUACUCUGCAGCCUUCAAGGACAAGUUUGGAUUUUAGGAUAUAAAAGUAUUUUACCUUGAAUGAUACAUAUAAGUGUGUAUUUAGGUUUAUGUGAAUUCAAGAUAUUAAUUGUUUU